AUGGCGUCUCUGCUGAGUGAGAUACUGUUUGAAACCAAUGGACAAGGUCCACCUCCCUCUAAAGACUUUGUUGUCACACCGAAGGAGGUAUUUAGAAACUGUCGAGGGCAUUUCGACUAUCUGGAGCGUUUACCUAACAAGCUGCUCCUUAAAAUCCUUUCCUACAUUUCCUUACAGGACAUUGGCCACAUGAGCCAAACCUCGAACAGGUUUAGGAAGUAUGAUAUGAUUUUUUUUUUUUUUUGUUACUCAGAUGAGAUCUGGGAGCAGGCUGUGCCGGGUCAUUGUGAUAAGAUACAUGAAGAGACUGAGAUUCUGGCGAAGAUCAUGGGUUGGAAGAACAUCUUUGAGUUUUACUAUAAAAAAGGACAUGCCAGUCCUGCAUAG